ACAGCAGACCUCCACUACACUCUGACUGCAUACUGGGGCAUUUCAAAUAAAAACAGAUAUAUAUAUUUAACCAUGGAGUGCGGACUUAUUCACUUUUUAUUAGCCUUCCCUCUCAUCUGCGGAUCACCUUUCCAGCAUGGCACGUUUCAGGGGAACUCAUACUCCAGCACCGAAACACGACAGAGAAACAAAAACUGGUGCGCCUACGUUGUGCAGAAGAACGUGAGCUGUGCCGUGGUGGGAGGCACGGAGAGCUUCGUGCAGCCGGAGGUUUUGCAGUGUCCACUGGAGAUGCCAAACUGUGCGCAACAAGUGAUAUAUCGGACACACUUCAGGCCCAUGUAUAAGAUUGCAUACAAGACUGUAACGGAGCUGGAGUGGAGGUGCUGCCCGGGUUACCGGGGCCACGACUGCCGGGAGGUGAAAGACAUUAAACUGCUCCAAGUAGAGCGCUUGCCUCAUGCUCCCUCUGCAUCAGGACAUAUUCCAGUCCCACAAGCUCCGGAGCAGCCAAGAGAGACCCAGAGGUUCCACCCAUGGGGAGGAGAGGGGCAGUUUGGAGGUCAGACGGGUCACAGGCCAGCCGGGGGUCAUGGAGGAUCUCAAAGCGCUCAACACCUGGAGGAGGAGGUGCAGCAGCUGUCCCAAAUGGUCCUCGACAUGCAGGCAAGAAUGACGGACAUGUCCUCCAAUCUGAGACUUGAUUUCCAAGAGGACGCCAGUAAAAUGCUGGUCACGCUGCUGAACAACUACAGACAGCCUGCCAGUGCGAGAGGCGCUGAGGCGCACACCGUUCAGGUGCAGGACUUCUCUUUCGGCAGCGAGAGAACGCAGAUGGACGAGGUCAUGAACAAGAUCAGCCAGGUCACAGACGAUCUGGAGUCCAAGAGCAAUACCCUGGAUGACCUGCUGGGUCGCGUCGACCGCCACGACGGACAGAUUCAUCUGUUGAUGGAAGCCGCCGACAACCAGCUGUCCACUCCCCCUCCCGCUCCAUCGGCCAGUGAUACAGACCUGCGCGCCUACCUGGACGAGAAGAUCCGCGAGCUAAGAGAGGAGUUGAUGAUGGGCAUGGACAUCAAACUGGCAGAUAUGAAGAACUUGUGCGAUUAUAAAAUCAUGCAUGUUCAGGAGCAGUGUGAGGGGCAAGAGACCAACUAUUUCAGCCUGGCGGAGCUCAUGGACUCAAAAGAAACCGACCUCCGCAACGAGAUCAAUGAUCUUAAAGCCAAGCUGGUUGAUCCAGGAAAGGAAGCCACCCGUCUUCUGGAGAACCUUCAGAUCUGUCUGAACUCAUCUGAGAAGACCGAAGCUGCCCAGUGUCUCUCUGUGGAGGAGAAGCUGAAGAGAGAACAGGCAGAGGCCAUCAAAGACCUGAGGAAGACUCUGGAGGACAAGCUGGCCUCCAUGGAAGACAGACUCACCACCCUGUUGGUAGAUACAAGCACCGACUCCCCAUCUGGUGGUCUUCUGACUGCUGCAGAAAACAUCAGCCAACAAAACUUCCAGAGCUGCAGAACUGCUAUAGACGCUAUGGAGACUAGGCUAAACGGACAAAUAAAUGGCCUUGGGACCAUUGAGGGGCAACUCCUCAACUUCAGCACCAGCAUUGAGAACCUACAUGGUGAGUUGAGCUAUCUGAAAGGGCGUGCAGGGAAGUUUGAGGACUCGCUAUCAGAUAUAGUCCACCAGCAGUCUCAGGUUUCUCUGAUUCUUAACUCCACAUGGGGUCAAGUUAAAACGGGGGCUGAUCAGGAGGCCAACGACCUUCUGGAGCUCCACAGGACUCAGCAUCAGGAGCUGAGAAACCGUCUGGACGAUCUGGGCAGGGAGGUGAAAGCCGAGGCCGACCGCUGCAAGGAGCAAACUGAAGAUGUCGGGAGGGAGAUUGCACACGUGGACAGCCGCGUUGUUAGUGUGGAGAGUUUAUGCGGCAGGCUGGAUCCCAUCUCCAAGAGCAUCCAGAGGAUCAAGGAGGGUCUGAAUAAACACGUCACUGGGUUGUGGACUUGUGUCAACCAGCUGAAUGGUACGGUUAGAGCUCAUGCCCAAGAUAUUAGAGGACUGAGGGGAACCUGUGUGAACCUCCAGAACCACAUCUCUAAUGUGGCCAGAGACCUUCAGAUGCUCACAAACAGCAAUCCUGGGAAGACAGGAGUUCCGGUUGCUGUGGAGGACGCAGGACUUCCCCAGGGUUCAAGUAAGAGCCUCACAGUCCCGGUUUCUCCCCCGGACGCCUCCCUCCCUCAACCUCCUGUGAUGGAGACCGGAGAGGCCGGACCUCCCGGCAAGAUGACCUCGUCCAAGCUGCCCAAAGGGACGGACGGCAGCAUGAUACCUGUUCAGGGUUUUGCUGGAGCUCCAGCCUCUCCAGUCAAACCCACUGACUCACUAAAACCCACCCUGAUGGUAUUCUCAGGUGUGACGAUGCCCCCCGGACUACCAUCACACACAGCGUCAGGUGAGAGGAUCUCGUUCUCAGCCGGUCUGACUCUGCCUCCGUUCCAGGGAGAGAUUGGAAUCAUUCGAUUCAACAAGGUGCUGGUCAACGAUGGAGGUCACUAUGACGCUCAUACAGGUAUCUUCACAGCUCCAACCGACGGCCGCUACCUGGUGACCGCUGUGCUCACAGCCCAGCAAGGUGAGAGGGUGGAGGCCGUCCUGUCUGUCUCCAAUCGCAGCAUCCAGAGGGUGGACUCCGCGGGCUUCCUGUCACAUGAUCAGUGCAACUGCAGCAGCUCAGCCUCACUGAGCCUGGUGCUGUCGCUGAGGAGAGGAGAUCGAGCAGGACUGGCCAUGACUGCUGGGAAACUCGCCAUCUCAGCGUCCUCUGAGAUCCUGUCGUCGUUCAGCGCCGUGCUUCUUUACCCGAGCUCAUCGAAACGGUAG